AUGGGUUCUUCAUCAGCAGAUGUGGAACGCGUCGAGGCCGUCGUGGUUGGCGCAGGCUGGAAUGGUCUAAUCUGCGCCAAAACCUACCUCGACUUCCGACCGUCCGCCUCCCUUCUGAUCAUCGAUGACCAGGCGACCAUCGGUGGAGUUUGGAGUGCCGACAAGAUCUACCCCAGCCUGUAUGCACAGAUCAAGCAUGGCUUGUUUGAGUAUUCUUUCUACCCGAUGCGACACGAGGGUAUCUCACCCGACGGCUACGUCUCGGGCGAUACCAUCCACACGUACCUCAACGACUUUGCCUGGGACCACGAUCUCGUACGGCGCACUCGUCUCGGCACGCGCGUAACCGAGGUCUCCCAGCUUCCCGGCGGAGGAUGGAGGCUCGAGCUCUAUGCUGCGGGCAGAAACCCGGGAGGACCCAAUUUUGCCAUUGAGUGCGAGAAGCUGAUUUACGCCUCGGGUGCAACCUCGCAUGCCGUAAGGCCCGUGUGGCCGACGGAUGACUCGUUCAAGGCACCCACCAUCCACUCGUCGGAGCUAGGCACGAACCUCGUCGCCCUCGAUUCGCCGAAAGUGAGGUCUGUCACUGUUGUCGGCGGCGCAAAGUCUUCUUUCGACACUGUUUUCUACCUCCUCAAGGCCGGCAAAAAGGUGGACUGGAUCAUCCGCGACACCUCGGAUGGAAGUGGAAGUGGGCCCAUGGCCAUCAUGCCGCCAACCCUGCUGGGAUUCGUCAACACUAUGACGGCCGUUACGACCCGGGUCAUGGUCCUUCUGGGGAGCUCCGUCGACAGCACGGAUGGCGCCGGUCACCAGUUCUUUCAGAGAACCUAUCUCGGCCGGUUCCUCGCAUGGCUGUUUUGGCUCGCCCUCAACUGGAUUGCCGAUCGCCAUGCUGGAUACUCCAAGUCCGAAAACGCGUCCAAGCUGAGGCCCAUGCCGCACGGAAAUGGGGUGUUCUGGGCCAACGCAGGACUCGGCGCUGCCAGUGUGCCCGGAUACUGGCAGGUAUUCCAUUCGGGUGACUGUACCGUCCACCGAACCGACAUCCAAUCUUUCCACGACACCCACACGGUCCGACUCGCCGACGGGACCCGGUUCCAAACUGACUUUGUGAUUCUCUCGACCGGUUUCGACAAGUCCUAUCACGUCUUUGGCCCCAAACUCCAGCACAGUCUCGGCCUCACCGUCGGCCCUGAGGAGCAGCAAAAGUGGACUGUUUUGGGCACCACUGCAGACAAGACUGUUGACGAGCUCUUCCCCGCACUCCGCAAAUCCCCUGCGGGUCUAGGGAGGAGCAAGACUGUAGCGGGGACGGGGACGGACACGAAAGAGCAUGCUGCUCUCCACGGGCCUAGCAACCACUAUCGUCGGUUGAUCGUCCCAGCCUUGGCCGCCGCAGGCGACCGGUCCAUCAUCUUCCCGGGCUUUAUCCACACCAUUUAUACACCAAUUGUGGCCGAAGUCCAGGCCCUCUGGGGCGUUACCUUCCUCCUUGGUUUGCAUGAUACGCCGUCGCUGGGUUCCAUGGAGGGCGAGGUGGCAUUGUGGAACGCUUGGUCGAGGAAGCGGUACGGCGUUCAGGGCCAAAAGCACGCCUACGCUAUCUAUGAUUUUUUGCCUUACAUCGACGUGCUGCUCCGGGAUCUUGGUGUCAAUCCCCGCCGCAAGAAAAAUUGGUUUGCGCACUGGUUCGCGCCGACUUAUCCGCGUGAGUACAAAGGAUUGGUAGAUGAGUUUCGCAGCGCUUUGGCAGUAAGAAAGGGAAGCUAUGGGCUCAAGGGAGGCCUCGGGUCGCUGACGCCUUCUUCGACCUCGACCCUCGGGCUAUCGUAA